AUCCGUGCGCGCAUGUCAUUGCGCAACUUGCAGAGUGUGUAAGUGUGAGGGGUGCCAGUAAACACAAUCGUCGUGCUACAGCUAAAUCCAAUACAGCUUUGGCCCCGUGAGUUAGAGGAACCGUUUUGGGAUUUGUAUCGAAUCCGCACAAUUUGGACUGGAUUACUUUCCCCCCCUCUCUGCCUUGAACCCCCUCAGAGGAUACCUGCAACUUUCUUUGUUGGUUGUCUUUUGAGGACUUGAGGUGUGAUUUGAGGUGUGAAAAGUGCCCAGCAUGAAUCAAGGUCCAGAUUCAUGAGGGAGGUUUGGCCCAAAACGAUAAGCACCUUUUGCCGGUUUUCUCCUUAGGAGAGAGAACACUUUUCAUCCACAUCCGGAACCGGAGCCCAGGAUUAAUGUAUACACAAUCUUGACAAGGGCCAAGAGGAUUCUGGUUACCUUUACAAGCUGGAGUACACAAGUGAACAGGCCUUGAUUGAGCCUGUGGCACAGGGGAUUGGCAUGGCUCAGACCAGCUUUGUGUCAACUCAUCAUGCAUGCCGCGCCUGAUUGCAGAGAGGAGCCUAUACUAAAACCAAAAGGAUUGUUGUAACUGGGGGGGGGGGGAAGAAAACAAACAAAACAAACAAAAAAAAUCUAAUCUACGGUUAUGGCUACUGAGCUUGAAAAAUUCAAGAACCUUUAGGAUUUUUUAUAUUACCUUAGAGAGUGCAGGCUUUCGCUCACUGAGAGGGGAUGCUGAUUCAGCAGGCUUAUCUGCCAUGGUAAAGGCAGUGAAGGCAUGAGCCUCUGACAAAAGAAGAGGUCAUCGUCCAAACAAGGAUCAGCUCCGCAAACACUGACCAGUCAGGAUAACACCAGAGAGCCUCCAGAAAAACCUCUCUUUUCAUAAAGGAUAAUACAAGAAGAAAACCUUUAUUGGAUUUUCCAGUGAGCAGAAAGGAUUUACUAACCCUUAUGAAUCAGGGCCUCUUGAGUGAUUAGACUGCCAGGCAACUCAGCUUCAAGAUGGUACGUCAAUGCAAGGCCUUUAUCCUCUCCCUCAUCAGGGUUGGACUGCUGCUGGGCCUUGCUAACCCACUGGUGACCUCUGCCUCAUGUCCCUCUGUCUGCCGCUGUGAUGGAACCUUCAUCUACUGUAAUGACCGUGGCCUGACUUCCAUCCCUAGUGGUUUACCCCUGGAUGCAACAGUGCUCUUCCUGCAAAACAAUCGAAUAAAGAGUUCAGGAAUUCCCGCAGAACUGAGCAGGCUCUCAAAUGUGGAGAAGAUCUACCUGUAUUGCAACAAUCUGGAUGAGUUCCCCAGUAACCUUCCUCUUGGGUUGAAAGAGCUCCAUCUUCAGGAGAACAACAUUCGGAUGAUCACGCAUGCAUCCUUAGACCAGAUUCCUUAUAUUGAGGAACUUCACUUGGAUGAUAACUCUGUGUCAGCAGUCAGCAUUGAAGAGGGGGCCUUUAGGGACAGUAGUCACCUUAGAUUGCUUUUCCUCUCCAGGAACCACCUUAGUACCAUCCCCUCAGGCCUACCCAUGAGCAUUGAGGAGUUGCGCUUUGAAGACAACCGCAUCUCAUCAAUCUCUGAACAGUCACUGCAAGAUCUCAUCAACCUGAAGCGACUAAUAUUAGAUGGAAACCUGCUCAACAACCGUGGGAUUGGAGAGAUGGCUUUCAUCAAUCUGAUUAACCUGACUGAGCUCUCGCUAGUGAGGAAUUCCCUGACAUCACCACCAGCUAACUUGCCAGGCACAAGUUUGGAGAAGCUGCAGCUCCAAGAUAAUCACAUUAAUAGGGUCCCACCUGGGGCUUUUGCCUUCCUUAGGCAACUGUAUCGCUUGGACUUAUCCGGCAACAAUCUAAGCAGCCUCCCACAAGGGGUUUUUGAAGAUCUGGACAAUCUCACACAGCUUUUGCUUCGCAACAACCCCUGGCAAUGCACUUGCAGGAUGAAAUGGGUGCGUGACUGGCUCCGGGCAUUGCCGACAAAAGUAAAUGUACGGGGAUUCAUGUGCCAGGGUCCUGAUAAGGUAAAAGGCAUGGCUCUAAAAGACUUAACUACAGACAUGUUUGACUGCAGAGAUUUAGAAUUUAUAUCCACAUUUGAGACAAGCACGGUCUCCAACACUGGCCGCCCCUCGCAGCCAGAAUGGCCCUCAUUUGUGACUAAAAGGCCUGGAGUAAAGCGACCAAAUAUGGGCAAAAAUUACCACGGCACUACCAUAUCAUCAGGCAGAAAGAUCAUCACAAUUAGCGUGAAGUCAAGUAGCUCAGAUACAGUACACAUAUCAUGGAGAGUAUCACAACCCAUGACUGCCCUUCGGCUCAGCUGGCUGAAGCUGGGACACAGCCCUGCAUUUGGCUCCAUCACAGAGACAAUAGUACAGGGGGAGAGGACGGAGUACCUGCUCACUGCGCUGGAGCCAGAGUCUUCCUACAGGAUAUGUAUGGUUCCCAUGGAGACCAGCAAUAUAUACCUGUCAGACGAGACUCCCGUUUGCAUAGAGACGGAGACUGGCUCUCAUAAAUCCUACAACCCAACAACAACUUUAAACAGAGAGCAGGAGAAAGAGCCUUACAAAAAUUCCAGUCUGCCUUUGGCUGCUAUCAUUGGAGGGGCUGUUGCACUUUUGGCAAUAAUCAUGUUGGCAUUGGUGUGCUGGUACGUCCACAGGAAUGGGUCACUUUUUUCCAGGAACUGCACCUACAACAAAGGUCGUCGGAGAAAGGAUGACUAUGCUGAAGCUGGCACUAAGAAGGACAACUCAAUUCUAGAAAUAAGAGAGACUUCUUUUCAAAUGAUACCAAUAAAUCAGCUUCCUGUGUCCAAGGAGGAGUUUGUGAUACACACAAUUUUUCCACCUAAUGGACUGAGUUUAUACAAGAGCCCACACAACGAGAACAGUAUUAACAACAGGAGCUAUAGAGACAGUGGAAUACCAGAUUCAGACUAUUCUCAUUCAUGAUAUUGCACACAGACAUUCAUGAUGAGUGCGUGCUGUAAACAGAUUGGCAAGACUUUUCCAAAACACUGGAUCUAUAGGACUAAGGGAGCAAUGUUAUUUACAUUUGCCAUAUAAUUUAUAUUUAAGGACAUUUUAUGAAGACUGAGAACAUUCCACUUGCAGGCCCUCACUCAACCAAUGGGUGUAGUACUGCAAUUAUAUUUUAGGGAUUUGUAGUAAUUUGUACUGUAUUUCCUUGGCUUAAAAUGAUCAACCAACUAAAAAGAAACUAUGUUCUGAGAUAUGAUAACUUGUCAACUGUGAAAGUGGGUUUUCAUUGCUGUGUUGAACAAUCAGACUUUAGAAAACGUAGGACAAGCACAGGUCAUUAUUUUCACUUUGUGGCUGUCUGAAAAACAAAGGCAGAAAUUGUCAUAAACUAAGCUACAGUUGAUCAAUAAAAAUCACAAAUCAGACAUGUUGCCCUCCUACGAACAAUAAACAGCAGUGAGCUCUCUCAUUUACUACUGAUCAAGGAUAUUCGAGUUUUCACAUGAUCACUCUGGAUGACGUGCCAUUCUUCAUUUCUCUACUUUCUUAGUUGUGUACAUUUGCAAGUUUGUUUGGAAGCUUGAAACACAGCAGAGUAACCUUAGCAGGAUUCUAGUUACAUUUGUUCUGAUGGGAUUGUAGGCCACAGCACAGGGCAGAUAAAGCACAUCAAUUUUAAAAGGACUCUUGGCUCCUCAAAACAAGAAGACUGGACAGGCUGACACAGGACCCCACACGAUCUCUAUUUGUAGAAGCCAACAAUGGCCAAAUGACAAUGGUGACAUUCUUCAGUACCGUCCCUGCGUCAUUCAAGUCAAAUGGCCAAAAAUACAUGAUUGUUAAAAUGAUCAAAGUGUCAGCAGUCCCUUAAGAUAACUACUAUUUUGUAUUUUCAAAGUGAACAUUUUUGUUGCCACAAUUUGAAAUUACCUGUUCUUCAUGUUUAAAAAAACCAAAGUGCAUUGUAUGCCCUUUGGCCAGUCUUGUAUGUGCCUUGAUCCAAUGCUUAUUGUAUUUAGCUUUUUAAGGAACCAGUGACUUUUUUUUCAUACACACUUGACUA